UAGAAGACAUUUUCCUCUGAUCUCUUGAAGGAAGUCUAUAGUUUUUUGAAGAUUCUGAAGUUUUGAGUUGGAUACAUUCUAUUUUCUUCCCAGAAUGUUUGAUGGAUAUGAAGACACAGAGGAUACUGAAGUGUAUGAAGAUGAGCUUUAUCAUGAGGAGUCAUCCAGUGAGCAGAGUGUUGAUAGUGAGGUAGAAUUUCAUCUUUACAGCCAGAUCCACUACUCCCAAGAUCUUGGAGAAAUUAGCAGACUGGAAAUAAAUGAAGAAGCUGAUGUUGCAGAAGUCAGGGGUCAGAGUUCAGUUCUCCCUGAGAAAUUGCAUCAGGACAAGAACAUUGUUGAACUGCCUGAUGAUGAUGAUGUUCAGAUUUCAGAUGGCCAUGAGAUCAUUGUCUUGUCCGAUACACCAGAUGAAGACAGUGUUUAUAGAAGCAAAGUAAAGAAGUCAACAAACUCUGUAAAUUUAGAGAAAAAAUGUGUCCUUCCCGGAAUUUCCACACCAAAUCAUUCCAAAGUUGUUCAGUCUGAUGCUCUGGAAGCUGUUGAAUCAGUCACGAGAGUUUCAAGUCAAAGGAAAAGGGCUAGUGGGAAGCUUAGCUCUAUUGCUUCUACUGGAACACUGCAAGAGGUGAUGGUAAUAGACGAUAGCUCAAAUACAGAGGAGGAGAGCUUGAUAUCUGAAAGUGAUCAUGUGGAGAGCUGGAUGCUUUUGGAAGGCAGUACAGAUGACAAAGAUGAAGAUAUCCUUUUGAACCUUGAGGGCUGUGGAACUUCUGUCGGUGAAGGAGAAGCUGAUGUGGAUUGGUCCAUCAGUAAUAAAGAUGUGGAGGCGCAGAUAUGUAACUAUGCAACUAUGAGGCGUACAAAUGUCCGAUACUACACAGCUGAUAAAAAUGUUACCUGUAGAAAUUGCAGUAAACCAGGUCAUUUGUCCAAAAACUGUCCUGUUCCAAGGAAAAUUCCCCCUUGUUGUUUGUGUGCGGAAAGAGGUCAUCUACAAAACGCUUGCCCAGCGCGAUUUUGUUUGAACUGCAGUUUGCCUGGACAUUAUUCUAAGGAGUGUCUUGAGAGAGCCUAUUGGAAUAAGCACUGUAACCGCUGUGAUAUGAAAGGGCAUUAUGCUGAUGCUUGCCCAGAAAUAUGGAGGCAGUAUCACCUAACAACAAAACCAGGACCAAUUAAGAUGGCUAGUUCUCACUCCGAGCCCUCUGCUUUAGUGUACUGCUACAACUGUUCCCGGGAAGGACAUUUUGGAUAUGAGUGUUCAGAGAGGCGGAUGCAUGGGAGCGUUUUCCCUGCUUCCCCAUUUAUCUACUACUAUGAUGAUGAAUAUGACAUCAAGAGGAGAGCUAACAGACUAAAAAGGAAGGUUGAAGAACUGCAAGAGGCUGGCCUUUUGCCAAUACAUCUGGAGAGCCCAUGGAAGAAAGAAAAGCAUGUGGAACACAGCCAUAAGAAAAAGAAAAAACCUUGGAAAGAGCAUGGUAAACACCAUAAAGAUGACAAGUGUCUUAAAAAGACUAAGAAGUCUCGGACAGAUAAACCCAAAGCAAAGAAGCACAGAAAUGAGGCCGAAAGGGGCCAUGGGAUGGAGGAGGACUUUCCUAGAGGGCAUAAAAAGCAUGCAUCAAAGAGUGGCAAAAAAUGUCACAAGUCAGUUCUCCAGGCACAUGGCAGCAAGAAAGAAUAUGUCCAAGAAAUUUUGGAAGCAGCUAAAAGGAAAAAAAAAAGGAAAAAGCACAAGGACAGUAGUCCCAGUAUUGAUGAGGAUUUAUUUCUUAUUAAACAGAGAAAAAAGAAGUCUAAACAGAAAUCCAUCUGCUAACAAAAAAGUAGACAGUCAUGUCAUUUAGUAGCUCUGCCUAUUGUUUGUUUUUAUCCCUCUUACAACACAUACAGUUUUAAAUAUACUUUUGAAUCCCAGUUUAAAUGUACUUUAUUCUCUGUUUCCAAAAGAGUAUUCAUGAACAUGGCAUUUCUAACUUACUUAAUAGGAAGUAUUUAAUGUCCUUGGGUGGAAUGACUACAUUUUGGGGGCAGUUGCAGGUUAGGCUAUAAGUUUAUUUUACUUUCCUAUAGUGGGAGAGGGGCCUUUGUUGGUUAUUUGGUAGAAUUUUAUUCCUUAACAGGUGAGAUGUUCCUUUAUCUGUCAAAGUGGGAACUAUUGUUAGGCAAAUGUGAUUCCUUUUACAGCUGAAAUUGCAGGAGAACUUUUACUUUAGGAGGAGUCACAGUAGAGGGAAAGGAGCCUACUUCUAAAAUAAUUCUAGUCAGACCUCAAUGGAAUGCCAGGAAUUGCUUUUUCAUUUCUCUCCCUCUUGGAGGAUGUUGUCAAUUUGUUAUCUUGCACUUUGGGACAUGAUAGUCUCUUACCUUGCAGUCUGAUAUGGUGCAAUGGAUCCAUCACAAGCAUCAGUAUCAGAUACCUUUCCAGUAUCAAGUGCAAAUGAGGCUCUGAGGGAGCCCAGUCCUUGUCUUUGCUGGCUAUAAACACAGCAGGUAAAAUGAGUUAAGAAUGUGGAACAGACACUCAAGUUUACAUCUUGAUAGGCUGGGUUUUGCAUAGUGUGAAAUUUGUUUUUAAAGACAAAAGCUAUGUAGCA